GUCACCGAAAGCCCUGGUACACUGCAAGGAUAGCUUAACGGGAAAAUAGCGGUGGAUGUUACGUAAGUUUCAGGAAAAUAUUUUGUGGUAGAGUUGCUGUCGCAGUAGGAAAGUUUUCUGUGUCAUUCAGUCGUUUCUAUCUAGUCCUACAUAUCACAGACCCAUCCAUUAUGUCUAACUUUAUGACUGAAAUGUUGCCUAAUUAGCUUGGCAGCUAUUUUUUCUAAACAGUCAAAUUGUACGUUAUCCAACUGUGUUGCCAGUAUACAAUUCAACCAGUGGCAGGUCAAUGUAUAGCCUAAACUGCAACUGCUGGUAUAACCUUAAGGUGUUGUCUAACUUCGAGUGUGACAUUUGGGAUGAGCCUAAAUCAGCUGGCUUUCUGAAGAUGCACUGCUGAAUGUUAACAAAUAGCCACACUAUACGGUUUUUCUUGGAUGUUGAAUAUCUCACUACACACUAAUUAAUAACUUGACAGCAAACUCGGUAAAAUAAAUGUACAGGGCCAGUCUUGUUUUUUACAUGCUGAUUAAUGGAAAGCUUCCACGUUGUCAGGGUAACGGUAUGUCUGACCAACCACGCAGUUAUGUGUGCGUCACGUGGUUGCCGUCUAAAGUCCCGUAUGCUCAAAAUAAGGCGAAAGUACACCAACGUGCACAGGGAAACGAAUGAACUUUUCUUUGUUUCUUUUUUCUGUAGUAAGUCUCCGUAAAGCUCAGAGCUAGUUUCGUGUAUGGGUCAAGGGUAAUGGAACAUGAACGGAUGUGUGAACCUGCUAGUAGAUCGGGCGCACCACUGAGCAGGGAAGCCGCCGAAGAUGUCGGGGAUGUUGGAAGCGAUACCACCUCAACCGCGUCAAGUUACAGUGCCUCCGAUUACUCUGACGAGCUUGAGCCAGAAUGGCUGGACGAGGUGCAGCGGAACGGCGAGCUCUUCUACCUGGAGCUGAGUGAGGGCGAGGAAGAGGAAGCCAGGGCCCGCGCCUCCGCAGCCAAUCAUGUGCGCUUCAGCGAGCAGGAGGCGGAGAUCAUCACAGAGGAAGGACGGCACCGCGCGGGCGGCGCGGCGGCGGUCACGCCGAGACUCAAGCGACUAGCUGGACUCCUGCGCAGAAAAAAGCGCCCUAGAGGAGCACUGAAUCGGGGCGACGGGAGCACCCCACCCUCAAUCCUGAAGAACCAGGCGGGGGGAGCCAGGCAUGCUGGUCAGCAGCAGCAGCAGCAGCAGGUCCUGAAGGACGUGUGCGUCUACCUCAACCCCAAACGGCUGGCCAGCACCCCUCACCCCUCGCCAGAGAGCGGGGGACUGCUGGAAGCCCUGCUGGGGGUGGUGCACCGCGGGGGGCCUGGCACAGGGGCACAGAGGCCUGGCACAGGGGCACAGAGGCCUGGCACAGGGGCACAGAGGCUCACGGUCCACGGGCUCGUGCCCAACAGCCCCGCCAGCAGGAGCGGACACAUCCUCAUCGGUGAUGUCAUUCUGGCGGUGGAUGAUGUGGAGGUCACAUCAGAGAACAUUGAGAGGGUUUUGUCCUGCAUACCUGGCCCCACUCAGGUGAAGCUGACUCUGGAGACGGCGGCCCCUGGCGGCGGCCCGUUAGCGGGGGACGAGGGGGUCCGAGGUGGCGGCUCGCCCGCGGUGUCCCAGCUGGUGCGUCUGCUGUGGGGGGAGGACACGGCUGAGCUGCAGAUGGCCGUCGCCCACAUCCCCCACGCCGUCAUGUACCUGUCCUUACGCUUGGACGCGGAGCCCACGCACGAGGAGCAGGAGAUACUGUACCAGUACCCCGUGUCUGAGGCGUCCGCCCAGCUGAAGGGAGUUAGAGGCAUCUUCCUCACCCUGUGUGACAUGCUGGAGAAUGUCACGGGGGGACAGAUCAUCAGCUCGUCGCUCCUCCUGAGGAAGCAGCUGGUUCACGUGGGCUACUGGAAGGAGGGAGAACACCUGCUGGUGGUCGGCCUACCGUCAGACAGAGUGCCGCUGAUCUACCUGCAGUCGGUGGUGGAGGGAGUGGUGCGCACACUCAGGGUCAUGUACGGAUCACUGGACAGUGCGUUCUGUGAGGCCAACUCUCCGCGCCUGGACCACUUCUUCUGCCUCUUUUUCCAGCAGCUCAUCCAGCCGUCCCGCUUGAUUGACAGCCCCACGUCCCCGCCCCCGGCCCCGGCCCCGCCCCCGACCCCAGACGUCUCGGGGACCCUCUUCCUGGACAGCCUGCCUGCCGUGCGCUGGCUCACUCUCCCCCCGGAGAUCAAGGUGGAGGUGGACACGGUGCUGUCGGACUUUGAAGCGGCUGAUUUUGGAGACAUGUCGGAGGACUUCUAUGGCAUGAGGCGUCUCUAUGUCACCCUGGGCUCCUGUCUCUUCUACAAGGGCUAUCUGAUAGCGAACCACCUUCCCAAGGAGGACCUGCGUGACGUGUGCCUGUACUGCCAGCACUACAGCCUGCUGCCCCUGGCCAGCCACCAGCGCGUGGGCCAGCUGGUCAUCUGGAGGGAGGUGUUCCCCCAGAGACGAGCGCUGCACUCCCCACUGCUGGGCUACGCAGAGCCCCAGGGCCGAUACUUCCUGCUCAUCGUGGGCCUGAGGCACCUGAUGCAGUGUGUGUUGCUGGAGGCGGGAGGCUGUGGGUCUCCAGUAGAGGGCGCUGUGGGGCCUGACUGCGUGUACGUGGACCAGGUGAAGGCCACGCUGCUGCAGCUGGAAGGCCUGGAGGCGGGCAUGGAGGAGCGGCUCAACGCCCCGCCCGCGCCCUGCCUCUCCUGCGCCGACUGGUUCCUGCCCGCGGGGGCGGGGUUGGCCGGAGGCCAGGCCGCCCGGGACCGCCUCCCGUCCAUCAGCCGAUUGGCCAACGCGCUAAGACCCCUCCCCCCGCGCGCCCGCAGGCCGAGCCCCCAGCGGAGCCUGUCCGACAGCGGCAGCGAGGGCGGGCACGGGGAAGGGGGCGGCACCGUGAUGCCCCACAGCCCCAGCUCCACGCCGGACUCGGCCCGCAAGAUGCCCCCCGCCACCUCCUCGUCCGCGUUCGCCCGCCGGGACUCUCUGGGCUCGGGGGGGUCCGAUGGGAGCGGCGGGAGUGGCAGCCUCUUCAGGAUCCCCAGACUGAAGCACCCAAACCCCUUCUACCUGGGCUCGCUGAGGAAGAGCCUGACUGAGCGAGAGACAGAGGAGAUGAACAGCACACUAAAGCUGUCAUCGGGCCUAGAGAACACCCUCUUCCACUACGUGCUGAUGGAGAGUGUCCAGGGUGUGUUCAUCGCCCCGACGCACCGCGACAUGGCCCAGCUCAGCGGCUCCAUCCACCCACAGCUCAUCCGCAACUUCCACCACUGCUGCCUGUCCAUCAGAGCAGCCUUCCAGCAGAGCCUGCCGCCCAGGGAGAGGCGGGGCAUGUCACGACAGCAUGGUGGUUUGGGCCCAGUGAAAGAGCACGGGGUUCUGUUCCAGUGUAAACCUGAAAACUGGACCGACCAGAAGAGACCAGCACCCACCAUGACAUACUGGGUUAUUGGGCGCAUGCUCCUUGAACCCAUCCCUCAGGAGUUCUACGUGUGUUUCCAUGACUCCGUACCCGAGGUUCCUGUGGAGAUGGCCUUCAGACUAUCCUUUGGCCUUGCCUUAUGAUACACACACACACACACACACACACUCACACACACACUCGCACACACACACACAC